GCCUACCUCGCAUCAGGACCAGUCUCACUGCACCUGCAUCCUUAGCUCAGAGCAUCCCUGGAGCAUCUUGAGAGGAGAACGCAGCUGGCAGCCGGGGACCCGACCGGCGGGCAGGAGACGUCCAUCGAUACCUACCCCCUCCCCUGACCUAGAGCUCUACAGCAGCAGCCUCGGUCCUGACCGAGGAGACCCAGAGUUAGCUGACCAUUGCAAAAGCAUUUAUAGCAACAGCCUCUCUGAUUACGACAUGGCUGAGAUCACCAACAUCCGACCUAGCUUUGAUGUGUCACCCGUGGUAGCUGGUCUCAUCGGGGCCUCUGUGCUGGUGGUGUGUGUUUCGGUGACUGUCUUUGUCUGGACGUGCUGCCACCAGCAGUCAGAGAAAAAGCACAAGACCCCACCGUACAAGUUUAUUCACAUGCUCAAAGGCAUCAGCAUAUACCCCGAGACCCUCAGCAACAAGAAGAAAAUCAUCAAAGUAAGGAGAGACAAAGAUGGCCCUGGAAGGGAGAGUGGACGAGGGAACCUGUUGGUGGAUGCGGCAGAGGCUGGUCUGCUGAGCCGAGACAAGAGCCCCAGGGGGCCAAGCUCUAGAUCUUGUAUAGACCAAUUACCCAUCAAAAUGGACUAUGGGGAAGAACUGAGAAGCCCCAUUACGAGCCUGACCCCUGGAGAGAGCAAAACCACCUCCCCUUCAUCUCCAGAAGAGGACGUCAUGCUAGGAUCCCUCACUUUCUCAGUGGACUAUAACUUUCCGAAAAAGGCUCUGGUGGUGACAAUCCAGGAAGCCCAUGGACUGCCCGUGAUGGAUGACCAGACCCAGGGCUCUGACCCCUACAUUAAAAUGACCAUCCUUCCUGACAAGCGGCAUCGGGUAAAGACCAGAGUGCUGCGGAAAACCCUGGACCCCGUGUUUGAUGAGACCUUCACCUUCUACGGCAUCCCAUACAGCCAGCUGCAGGACCUGGUGCUACACUUCCUCGUCCUCAGCUUUGAUCGCUUCUCCAGGGAUGAUGUCAUCGGGGAAGUCAUGGUGCCAUUGGCAGGAGUGGACCCCAGCACAGGCAAAGUACAGCUCACCAGGGACAUCAUCAAGAGGAACAUCCAGAAGUGCAUUAGCAGAGGGGAGCUCCAGGUGUCUCUGUCAUAUCAGCCUGUGGCACAGAGAAUGACAGUGGUGGUCCUCAAAGCCAGACACUUGCCGAAGAUGGAUAUCACCGGUCUCUCAGGUAAUCCUUACGUCAAGGUGAACGUCUACUACGGCAGAAAGCGCAUCGCUAAGAAGAAAACCCAUGUUAAGAAGUGCACUUUGAACCCAGUCUUCAACGAGUCUUUCAUCUAUGACAUCCCCACUGACCUCCUGCCUGACAUCAGCAUCGAGUUCCUUGUCAUCGACUUCGAUCGUACUACCAAGAACGAGGUGGUAGGGAGGCUGAUCCUGGGGGCACACAGUGUCACCGCCAGUGGUGCCGAACACUGGAGAGAGGUCUGUGAGAGUCCCCGUAAGCCCAUAGCCAAGUGGCACAGUCUGAGCGAGUACUAAUCCUGCUCUUCUCGCUGCUAACCCAGGGCCAGGCUGGGGAGGGAUGUGGCAGGGGAGAGAUGACAGAGAAGUGGACUCAAAACCUCAUUUUAGUCAUACAAGAAAAUUUCAUAACAAAACAAACCCCACGAAGAACAUCCCACAUGACCACAGUCACAGAUCAAGUCCUAGCAAUGAUCUUUUUUUUCUCUCUCUCCUUUGCAAGGCACUAGAAAUUCUUUUGUUUUUUAAAAUGGGGGGGAAAAAAGAGAGGGAGAGAUCCCUGUAAGUCUAUAUAUAACAAUGUAACCUUAUACUUGCAUGUCUAAUACAAACUAAAGAAAUUAGCCUAAC